AUGGCCAACUACAUCCACGUCCCGCCCGGCUCGCCCGACGUGCCCCGGCUGGACGUGACGGUGCAGGACCAGGAGGAGCGGCGCUGCCGCGAGGGGGCCCUGCGCCUGCUGCGGCACCUGCGGCCGCGCUGGGACCCGGGCGACGUGACGCUGCAGCUGUUCACCGAUGGGAUCACGAACAAGCUCAUCGCCUGCUACGUGGGGGACGCCAUGGAGGACGUGGUCCUGGUGAGGAUCUACGGUAACAAGACGGAGCUGCUGGUGGACCGCGAGGAGGAGGUGAAGAGCUUCCGCGUGCUGCAGGCGCACGGCUGCGCGCCGCGGCUCUACUGCACCUUCAACAACGGACUCUGCUACGAGUUCAUCCAGGGCGAGGCCCUGGGCCCGCGCCACGUCCGCCGCCCCGCCAUCUUCAGGCUCAUAGCUCGUCAGCUCGCCAAAAUCCAUGCCAUCCACGCACACAACGGCUGGGUCCCCAAGUCCAACCUGUGGCUGAAGAUGGGGAAAUACUUCUCUCUCAUUCCUACAGGAUUCGCCGACGAAGAGCUUAAUCAAAGGUUCCUAAGUGAUAUUCCAAGCUCCCAGCUUCUCCAGGAAGAGAUGACGUGGUUGAAGAACAUUCUUUCUAACCUGGGCUCGCCGGUUGUUCUGUGUCACAAUGAUCUAUUGUGUAAAAAUAUCAUCUACAAUGAGAAAGAAGGUGAUGUACAGUUCAUUGAUUAUGAAUAUUCUGGAUACAACUACUUGGCAUAUGAUAUUGGAAAUCACUUCAAUGAGUUCGCAGGUGUGAGUGAUGUAGACUAUAGUCUCUACCCAGAUGAAGAGCUGCAGAGACAGUGGCUGCGGGCCUACCUGGAGGCCUACCAGGAGUUCAAGGGCUUCGGCACCGAGGUCACGGACAGCGACGUGGAGACCCUCUUCAUCCACGUCAACCAGUUUGCGUUGGCUUCGCAUUUCUUCUGGGGCUUGUGGGCCUUGAUUCAAGCCAAGUACUCCACUAUCGAGUUUGAUUUCCUCGGGUACGCCGUGGUCCGUUUUAAGCAGUACUUUAAGAUGAAGCCGGAGGUGAUGGCGCUGGGCGCGCCCGAGCAGGGCCGAGGCUGCACUGUUCUCAAGUAGCUGCUCUGGAGUUCGGUUGUGUUUCUUUUUCUUUUUCUUCUUCUUCUUCUUUUUUUUUUUUUUUCUUAAGAAAUUCCAAAAAGCCACUAUUUGUUACAAUUGUUAUUUAAUCUGGUUCUGUUGCUUUACAAAUUAUGCCUCUAAAACAACCAAUCUGUUUUUAAACUCGGACUCAAGGAUGCCAAGAGCUAGACGCAGGGCUGUUCCCGCCGGCGUGGCUCGGGGGUGGGGGGCAGGGGGGGGUGCCUCCCUCUCCCCCCCAUCGCUCUGUGUCAGAGGUGAGUGACUCACUGCAACUCGAACCCGAGCGUGACUGCGCUCAUGUGUCACCUGUGCGGCGAGUGUAUGCAACGAGAACGUUCUAGAACGUUCUAGAAUGUUCUAGAGAAACACACAUUUCUGUGGCUCUGUGUAGAAGGUUCAUUUUUUAGAGGAGCGGUCUUGGUGGUUGUGUGAGCUCUGCUCUGUGCAGUGAAUCACUUAGUCCACCAACGCCAGGCCUGACGCAGAAAAAGCACCUGUUUAGGAAGAGAUCCGUUCUCCGUCUCCGCCAGGGGGCCGAGGACAGCCUUUUAAAGGAACUGUGAGACAUUUACCUCUUCUUUGGGAAAUACAACGUAGGACGCACUUGUCUCCUGUCCCUGUGGCGGUGUAAAUGUUUCUUGGAGAAAUGGGACCGAGUGCCAAACUCGGGGUGAAGUAACGAUUUCAACUGUGAAAUGUCGCUGGGUCCUACUUGUUUUCAAACUCUUUACCUUACCAAACGACUGGUCACCAAAACGUGCGUGCUUCUCUGGAGAUUGUGUGUCACUUUCCAGUAACGGCCGGCACUGCUGAUUGUCCUGGCAAGCAGGAGGGGUGCCGUUCGGGUGACUCUGUGUGUGUGUGUGUGUGUGUGUGUGUGUGUGUUGGGGUUUCCCAUUGUACGCUGGCUCUGGCUUAGAUGAGCAAAUGAUGACAAGGACCAUUUACUUACACGCUGAUCUUGCACACCUCCAAUCUGACAAGUGAGAGAAUGAGCAGGAAGCAGAAAGAACUGAUGCGGGAGAGCUUGCGUGGUGGCGAUCGGCCUGGCUUCUGUUGCAGUGCGGUUCUAUUGGCUAGCGCAGGAGAGGGAGGGGUUUCCUCCGCCCGCCCGUCUGCACGGGCAGUGCUGUUGGAGCCUCGGGACCCAGCUCGCUCUUUGGGCAGAGUUGGCUUAGAGCAGCUCACCCCUCCGGGGGGCCCAGGGGCAGGGCCCAGACAAGCGCUUUCCAGUGCCGGCCCUAGCUCACGCUUUAAAGCUAAUGAAGGAAAGACAGACAGACACUCACAAGGCUACUUCCCAUGGUACCC